AACACCCGGGCGCUUCCGUGUUCGCCAGUGCACCCGACCCGAGUCCUCGGGGGAGGGGGCGAGGCCGACGGGCCCCACCGUCACCCACGUCCAUCCCACCCGGCUCGGCCGACCUGCGGUUCCCGGCCCGCCGCCUCUCGGGGGACCUUAUGGCUUCGGACGGCCUGAGAGGGGCGCUGACGGCCGUGCUGGGGGGCCGGGGGCUGCUCGUGCAGAACUAUGAUUCGGGGCCGGCUGGGGAGCCGCCGGCGCCGGUGCGGCUGCGGAAGAAUGUCUGCUACGUGGUCCUGGCGGUGUUCCUCAACGAGCAGGAUGAGGUGCUACUGGUCCAGGAGGCCAAGAAGGAGUGCCGUGGGUCGUGGUACCUUCCUGCGGGGCGGAUGGAACCUGGGGAGACCAUUGUGGAGGCGCUACAGCGGGAGGUGAAGGAGGAGGCCGGGCUGCAGUGUGAGCCUCUGACGUUGCUGUCUGUGGAGGAACGGGGCCCCUCCUGGAUCCGCUUCGCGUUCCUCACCUGCCCCACAGGUGGAAUUCUCAAGACUCCCAGGGAAGCAGAUGCAGAGUCCCUACAGGCUGGCUGGUACCCACGAACCUCACUGCCUACCCCACUGCGGGCCCAGGACAUUCUUCAUCUGGUCGACCUCGCUGCCCAGUAUCGCCAGCGAGCCAGGCACCCUCUCCUCCUUCCCCAAGAGCUUCCCUGCAGUCUAGUCUGCCAGCGGCUCGUGGCCAUCUUCACCAGCGUCCAGACAGUGUGGGUGUUGGCGGGCACAGUGGGGACGCCUCACUUGCCCGUCACUGCCUGUGGCUUCGCUCCCAUGGAGCAGAGGGGCGGCAUCAAGAUGGCCGUCUUGCGGUUGCUGCAGGAGUGUCUGACCCUGCACCACUUGGCAGUAGAGACCAAGGGGUUGCUUGGACUGCAACACCUGGGCAAAGACCUAACGGAUGGCAUCUGCAUGAAUGUGCUGGUCACUGUGGCUUUUCGGAAUCCGGGCCUCCAAAACGAGCCCCCAAAGGUUCGGGGUGAGAACUUCUUUUGGUGGAAGGUGGUGGAGGAAGACCUGCAAAACCAGCUUUUACAGCGGCUUCGGGACUCGUCUGUCGUCCCAAUCAACAGAUAGGAGGUGGCCGUCAGUGGGCCGGAGUGGGGCAGGGGUGUGGUAGUCAGAGAUCUUCUUGCAUGGGGACCUGGGCAGUUCUCCUGGUUCCCGGGGGGACUGCGCCCUCUCUUGUCACCACGGAGCAGGUCCCUGCACAGUACCCAAAGGGACAAUGCCUUUAACUGAACAAGGAGUCCAGAGCUCGGGGACCCAGUUGCCCUGAAGUUACAAUGAGGGCAGUACUCCCUAAGGGGACGUGAGGACCUUUGGAACCUGAGGUGGCAUCUCCUCAUUUUCUGUGCCCUUGCCAGAUGCUAGGCACUUAGAACAGGGAACAGCUGUGGGGGAGGUCAUUCCAAGGGAGUGGGGUCCCUGGCUGAGUAAAUAGGUGUUACUAA